AUAGUAUAUACUAAGAUGGGAUUGGUGAUGUCAACACUUUGGUGGUUACUUGGAUGGAACAAUGCCAUAUCGCCUCAAACCAUUGUAAUGGUAGGAUUGGAUGGAGCUGGAAAGACAACUAUACUAUAUAGUCUAAAGCUUGGGCACCUGGUCCAAACUACUCCUAGCAUUGGAUUCAAUAUCGAAACAGUCCAAUAUCGUAAUAUAUCAUUCUUCAUAUGGGACGUAUGUGGACAGAAGGAAUAUAGGGCUCUUUGGAGACAUUAUUAUAAUAAUGUCAAUGCCAUUAUAUUUGUAGUGGAUUCAAGUGAUAGGGAGAGGAUGGAAGAGGUCAGGGAGGAGUUGAUGCAUGUUGCCAAUGAACCAGCUCUCAAUGGUGCCCCACUUCUUAUACUUUGUAACAAACAAGAUAAUCUAAAUGCUGCUGGAAUCAAUGAGAUAGUAUCAUUACUCAACUUGGAAUCCAUUGUUGACAGAAAGUGGCAUUGCCAAUCCACCAUUGCUCUAUCUGGGUAA